AUGGAAGAAAUCUCUUUUAAAGACACUGUCAAAGAAACCCUUAAUAAACUUGUAAACGAUCAGUGCACAGAAGAAGAUGCAUUUUUAAAAAUACAUGAAUCAGCUUUCUUACAUAAUAAAGGAAUAAUAGAAAUUUUUAAAGUACUUUUUGAAAGUGGAAAUAAAUGUGCAUCACUUAAACAUUUUAAUAACUUAUGUCUCCGUUUUCAUUUCUUUCAGUCAAUAUUAAAUAAAGUUAUUGUCAAUAGUGAUGGUAUAAAAAAAAGUGAAAAUGUUUUGGUUCAUUUUGUAAAAACAGAUUUUAUUGAUAUUCCUUCAUUUCAGUCAUUAAUUGAAAAUACAAUUAAACAAUCAAAAGAUGUUGAUAAAAUCUUCGAAACUAUUAUGUUAAGUAAAGAUUGUGAUGCCAUGAAAAAGGUAGAUAUAUUUCAUGUCAUUUCAUCAAUUAACGAAAGUAUUUCAGUAUCUCAAAAAAUGGUUUCUUUAUUUAUUAAUUCAUUAAAUGAAAUUAAAGAUGAAAAUAAAAUCACUGAGAUUGUUAUUAAAUCUCAACGGUUUUUAACUUCUGAUAAACAAGGAAAAGAUUUCCUUGCUGUUCAUCCAAAUAUCCAUAAAAAGGUAAUAUUUAAUAUACUCCUUGGAUUAAAUUCUCCUACUACUUCAAUGGCAUGUAAUACUCUAGUAAGUCAAAAAGAAUUAUUUUAUAAAUUUGAUAAAACACAACGAACCGAAAUAUUCUCAUUAUUUUACAAUGAUUCAGUAAAACCUGAACUUAAGAAAAUAGAUCCAAAAUCAAAAUUAACUUCAGUUAUGUCAAACUUUAAAAAAGACAAAAAUCAGUUUUUUGAAAUGCUUAAUAAUCGUCCUUUUACUUUAAUUGAAGAGGCACUUGAGAUUGCUAAAUCUUCUCCAAAAGAAAUUCCAAAUUUAACUUCAUUAUUUAUAAAGAGUCCAGUAUUAUUAAAAAUGUAUUUAGUUAAUCGAUUACGUUCAAUUUAUGAAAAAGAAGGAGAUUUAAAUGAAAAUUGCAUUAAAUUUACAUUUUCAUUAUCUCCCAUUUGUGACAGUUAUUAUUUCCAGGAUUGUGUUGAUUUUAUUUUAGAAUUACUUACAAAAGAUAAGUUAUUGGCUCUUCGUGUUAUUGAGUCAUUGACAAUAUCCUUAAGAGAUUUUGUUGAGAUUACAAAAAAAGAUUCUGUUUCAUUUGUAUCGAGUAUUGAGCCAAUUCAUUUUUUUGUUAAUCAAAAAUUAAAUGAUCAAGAAGAUUAUAUCAUCUCAAAAAAAGGGUUUUGGAACAUACUUAAGAAAGAAAAAUGUGUUUUUAAGAUUGGAUUCUUUUUAAGUGAAAUGAAAUUGAGAUGUCAUGAAAUGUUUCAAUGGAAUGAAGAUGAGUAUGAUCAAAUUUGUUUAACUAUUCAAAAAUAUUUUGAAAUUAUUGAUUCAGUUCUUUUUACAGAAGAAUUAAAAAAUUAUUUCGUUAAUGCUUCAUGUGAAUUUGAUUAUUUUGUUAUGACUCGAGAUAAUUCUGUCUUCUGGAAAAUGGCUAGAAUUAUUGUUCCAUUAUGCAGUGAUUGGGAACAAUGGAAGUCUUUUUCUAUUACAAAUAAUAUAUCGUUUAGGAAAUCUGAACUUAUUUCAAAACAAAAAGAUAUUGUUGCUGAAAUCAAAACUCGAGAAAGUGAUCUAUUCAACACAGUCUUUUGGUUACUUGACCUUGAAGAUAUUUUUUGUCCUGACAAAUUAUAUAAUGAUAUUUCUGAUGAAAUAACAAGACAUUAUGAAAAAGAUAUAAAAAGAAAUAAUAUUAUACCAUUAAUUAAAAAACAUAAGGAGUGGGUUCGAGGUAUGAUCAGACAAUUAAAAUUUACUGACUUUAAAAAGGAAAAACUUUAUUAUAUUCCAAAUAAGUUUAUGAUUCAAUGUUUAAUACCUAGAAUUAAAAUAAGUAUAAAGGAUGCUAUGUAUUGUGCCAAAUUUAUAUUACAAAUUUUUGAGAAUGAUAUUGAAGGAGUUUCAUUAAUGUUUUUAUUAAAUAUUGUUGCUAUGUAUUUAAUUGGAAGUUGUGUUACAAUGACAACAAAAGAAACAUAUAAUGUAGGAAUAUUCCUUAACAUUUUAUUAAAACAAUUAAAAGAAUGGAAUAGUCAAGAGAAAUAUAAUUCAAAUGUAAGGGGAAAGAAAGGGUUCAACUCAACUACUAUUGUUGAAUAUUCAGGGUUUCAAGUUGUAUAUAAUAAAUGGACUGGAUUAAUCACUAAAGAAUUAAUUAUAAUGUUAAGUUCAACAGAAGAGUCCAAUGUUAAUAAGGCUAUUAAAUUAUACAAUACAAUUUCUUCUUCAUUACCUGAAAAUAUUUUUUUGAAAGGGAUGGUAAAAGUAUUAUCAUCUAAGAAAGAAAGACAAAAUGAAAAAAGUUCACAUGAUUCUGAUAGAAAAGUUUCAGAGGAAAAUAAAUAUUUGUGUAGUUAUAUGAUUCAAAACAUUGGUAAAUAUCAAAUUCAACCAAAAGAAAUGAAAGAAUUAUUAAAUGAAUUCAAAACUAAAACAGAAGUUAUGAAAGAAAAAGCAAUUAAAAUCAAAGUUGGAAUUAUUAAUGAAAUGAAAACGAAACGAAAUGAAUUAAUGAAAGAAGUUUGGGAGAAAAAGAAAGAAGAAUUAAAAGGAGGUAUAGAAAAGAUUAAGAAAGAAAGAGAAGAACAAGAAAAGAGAGCCUUUGAAGUAUUAAGUCAAGGGUUAGUCGAAAAAGCUGGACAAGUAAAUAGGACAGAUAAAAAAAGUAAUAAAGAAGAAGAAAUAAAAGAAGAUAAGUCAGAAAGAAGAAAACACCAUCAACACAGAGAUUAUUCAAGGAGUGAAAGAAGACAUCAUUCAAGAGAAAGAAGAGAUAGGUCAUAUAGUAGAAGUAGAAGCUCAAGUAGAAGAAGAAGAGAUAGUUCUAAAAAGAAUAGCCGUAGUUAUAAAGAACGAGAAUAUCGUAAUUAA